UGCAUUAUGUGACUGGGUUGGUCUGAAGGACGGGUCGCCGGCAGGGACAGGAAGAUUAAGCUGAUAUAAGAUGGACGUAUGAGUGUUCAGUGUACUGCCUAGGAUGCAAUGACUUUCACCCUUCCGCCGGAAACAACACGCUGUCAAACUCCACAGUGACCCAACUGCUGCCUAUCGAACUAUCUACGAUAAAGUGAGGUGAGAUUCAAGAAUGAAAUGCGUCGUCUCUACAAUCGAGCGUUUCUAGCCGUUGCCGGCAUUAUCUGCCUACUAGUCUUUCUGCAAGUCAACAUCCUCUCCAAACAUGAACAUUCUCGAGAAGAAGGGCGGCAUCACCAGGUCAUAUCAUACCGUGACGUCAGUGAUCAAAUCGUUCCCACUACUUCGAUCAUUGAGUCAAACGUUGUGAACGUCACAGAACAUGGCGGAACUGAAUUAUUGAAUAGCGGUCAGAAAACGUUUAUAUUGAACUACGAAAAAGCAUUAGACUCUGGCACCAUCCCUCCUGUUUGGCAAAGAGAACUAUAUAAAAAUAUCCUCACAGGUCAAAGAAAGACCAGAUUUUACCUCAGCCAUCUAUUGAUGGUUAGACUGUAUAGUGCUGACAAGGCAAAAUGGACAAUACGAGAGCUGAAACAGUGGUUACAUUAUAUGUUUCUAGCUGGCGUAGAACAUGUGUACAUCUGUGAUCACUGGCAUACUGGUGAUGACGACAUGGAAAGACAACUCCGUCGGUAUAUAACUCUACAUCUAGUGUCCUACAAAAGAAUCUACACGCACAACGCGAUGCAAGCACAGGUUCAGUGCUACAAGAAAUGGGUCGAAGCAGAAGGAUCAAACUCUACUUGGAUGACGUCAGUGGAUAUGGAUGAAUAUCCCUACCAUGUGGAGGACAAGCAGGAGAAGUUCCUUCAGAGAUACCUCAAGGAUGUCCAACACAGAUACCCUGACGUUGCUGAAGUAUCCAUGCCUAACUUUCUCAUGCUUGGCCAAGGGGAUAGAAGCCGAAAUAUAACUGUUGAUAGAAUCAGACGGUCGACGCCUGAUCCAGCCAAUAAAUUAGUGAAGCCGAUUUUUCAGCCAUGUUGUGUGCGGCCUGAUAUUCACAAAGGGUCGGUGAUGUCGCAAAUGCGCAGGAUGCCGGCUGAUCCAAAAGAGCUGCGGAUGCUGCAUUACUGGGGUAGCCGGUUACAGAACUGGGGUCCUGAUAACGACGAACUUUUGAAAAUAACCAUUCCCUAUAAUGAUAUGGCGGACACUUGGGUUGGGCGAAUAAGAAACAGUUUGUUAUCGUUUGGUGAAAAAGAUGCAUUUUCUCAUAAAUCCGGACCAUGAUAAUAUCAAAUGGUGUUCUUUAAAUUCGACGUUGUUUCAGUUUCAAACAUGAUGUAAAGAGAUGUAUUAUUUUCGUUUACGAUAUGUGAAUCCAUCGUGGCUUAAGCUUUUGAAUGUUUAGCCAGAGACUAUGAUAUUUUUUGCAUUAAGCAAUCGUGAUUCACAUUGUAUGACAGAAAAAAAUCAUCUCUGUCAACUGGCAAGAAACCGAUAACUACAAUGUUUUAACGCCUAUGUGCGCAAUAUUUCUCCAUGUUGUGCAACAGCUUCCAGAGACGUGAUAACGUGUCUUGAUUUGGGUGAAACAUAUCUUGAUCCAUAGUGUUUCGGGACGCUUCUUGGCCGCACCUCUGCACAAUUGCGGCGCAUAAGGCAACUGGGAACAUUACCUGCAUCUAUCAAAAUACUAUACAUGAUAUGGUCAUUCGAUGGAAUAACGACGCAAACUUACUGAUAUCGAUUACUUAGUAUACUCAGAGAAAGUUCGUCGUUAAUUUGACGCUUUUUGCAUGACAGUAAUUAAACGUCUUAUCAUAUGUCCGUUUACAAUAAUACAUCAUCGGUUUUGA